GACAGUGUUUAGGAAAUCCCAAGGUACAGACGUCAAGGGGAAACCAUAUGACAGGCAUAUCUCGUUUUAUUGCACUUAGCUUUCCGUGCUUCACAGGUUUUGCAUGUUUUACAAACUGAAGGCAAGGCCCUCCACCAGCAAAAAUAUUACUACUCCCUUUAUUGCAACACUCGAGACAACCUGCAAUACUCCCAAGUAUAUCUGUAUUGAGACACUACUUACAGAAAAAGAAAUCGAGAAUGGAAAUAUCGAUGACCCCACCUCAGAUAUAUGUAGAAAAAACUCUGGCCAUUAUCAAACCAGAUAUUGUUGACAAAGAGGAGGAGAUACAAGAUAUUAUUAUCAGAUCUGGAUUCACCAUUGUUCAGAGAAGAAAACUACAUUUCAGCCCUGAGCAAUGUAGUAACUUUUAUGUGGAACAGUAUGGGAAAAUGUUUUUCCCCAAUUUAACGGCUUACAUGAGUUCUGGACCACUUGUUGCCAUGAUAUUAGCUAGACAUAAAGCCAUCUCCUACUGGAAAGAACUUUUGGGACCAAGUAAUAGCUUAGUAGCUAAGGAGACACACCCAGACAGCCUAAGGGCAAUUUAUGGCACAGAUGACCUAAGGAAUGCCCUUCAUGGGAGUAUUGAUUUUGCCACAGCAGAAAGAGAAAUUCGAUUCAUGUUUCCUGAAGUGAUUGUUGAGCCCAUUCCGGUUGGUCAAGCUGCUAAGGACUAUUUAAAUUUAUAUGUAACACCAACUCUGCUUAAAGGACUCACAGAGCUUUGUAAGCAAAAACCAGCAGAUCCUUGUAUUUGGCUAGCCAAUUGGCUGCUGGAAAAUAAUCCCAACAAACCUAAACUUUGUCACCACCCAUUUGCAGAAGAACCUCAUUAAAGUCCUCCAAAGAACAAAUCAUGCACAAUCUCACUGGAAAAGGCAUGCUUCUACCAAAUAAACAAACAAACAAAUAAAUAAAAAUAAAAUAAAAAUCACAAUU